AUGAAACUGCUGUUCGGUAUCAGCGGCAGUAUUGCUGCUAUCAAGAUUAACGAAAUAGUUGAAAAGCUUAAAGAGAAAUGUGAAUUGAUGAACAUACCUAUUGAGAUAAAGUACGUAGCAACACGUAUUGCUUUUGAUAAAUUUUUGAAAAAUUUUAAAGAGAAAAUACUUUUAGAUGAAGAUGAAUGGAUAUGGAAUGAAAGAGGAGAUGAAAUUUUACAUAUCGAAUUGAGAAAAUGGGCAGAUGUUUUUGUUAUUUGUCCAUUGGAUGCAAACACCUUGGCUUACAUUUCCAACGGAGCUUGUCCCAACCUUCUAACGUGCAUCUGUCGAUGUUGGGACUUCGAGAAAACCUGCCUGGUUUUCCCUUGUAUGAACACGUUCAUGUAUAGUCAUCCCAUAACGAAGAAGCAGAUCAGUGUAAUUUCUUCGUGGGGAAUAAAAGUAGUCGACCCGAUAGAAAAAGUCCUUGCAUGUGGGGAAUAUGGCAUGGGAGCACUCCCAAACGUAGAGGAUGUAACUAGCGAAAUUGUGAAGCAUUUACGAAUUUACGAGAAUGUAAAAGAUACUCAUCACCAUUGUGUAUGA